UGUCAAAUAAACAAAAACUAUGAAAGGCAGAGAGAGAGAACAAUAAAAAUCGUCGCAGAAGUGAAAAAUUUUUACGAAAUUGCUUUUGGGCGUUUGGCUACACACAUUUUAUAUUUAAUAAUAAAUUAUUAACGAAUUAAAAAACGUAAUAAAGUAAGCGGAAAUGUUGGCGCUAAUAAAUAGGAUAUUGGAUUGGUUUAAAAGUAUCUUUUGGAAGGAAGAAAUGGAAUUGACGUUAGUGGGACUGCAAUAUUCAGGCAAAACAACGUUUGUUAAUGUUAUUGCGUCUGGCCAAUUCAGUGAGGAUAUGAUACCUACAGUUGGCUUCAAUAUGCGAAAAAUUACCAGAGGAAAUGUUACUAUAAAAGUUUGGGAUAUUGGUGGACAGCCAAGAUUCCGAUCAAUGUGGGAAAGAUAUUGUCGUGGUGUAAAUGCAAUCGUCUAUAUGGUGGACGCUGCUGAUUUGGAAAAAAUGGAAGCAUCAAGAAAUGAAUUGCAUUCAUUAUUAGAUAAACCGCAAUUGGUCGGCAUUCCAGUAUUAGUAUUGGGCAAUAAACGUGAUCUUCCAGGUGCUCUAGAUGAAACUGGUCUUAUUGAACGAAUGAAUCUAUCAAGUAUACAGGAUAGAGAAAUUUGUUGUUAUAGUAUUUCGUGUAAGGAAAAGGAUAAUAUUGAUAUAACACUGCAAUGGUUAAUUGCGCAUUCAAAAAGCCAAAAUCGUUAAGGGAAUCAAGUAAGCAACUGUUUGUCAUGGUGCUACUGUACUGUCGUUAAAGCAGUUGUCUGUCGGUAGAUCGUAAGGGGCACACAACAAUGUGAACAAAUACAUUUUCGCUAAAAAACUAGACAUUUAACUUUUAUAAUUAAUGUUUAAAAUUAUGCGCUGAGGCAACAUAUAUAUUAAAUAAGAUGGAAUUCCAAACGAGUAAUUUGUGAUAUAAUAUGAACUUCGAAAAUUGCCUUAGCAGAAGGUAAAGUAAUAUUUUGGGAACUGUCAUGUUUUGGAAUUUUGUCUUAUUUCGUGCAAAUUAUUUUGUUUAAAAACACGUAUAUAUUUAAAUGUCAAUAUUUUUUUUCGUUUUAUUUACAUGUAUUUUUUCCCUUUUCUAACUGUUUUGUAUUCUCUCUGCUAUAUAUUAUAAUUUUUUUUUGUAAUUAUAUUAAAUAAGUAUAUUUUAGUGAUUGGUGUGAUUAUGUUGUAAUUUCCUAUUUUUAAUUUGUAUAAAAAAUUAUAAAUAUUUUAAAUCGAAUUUGUAGGACACAGCUUCCUUAAAAAAAUAAACAUAAAUGUCAACACAAUGCGUAAAGAAUUCAUUUUUGCUAAAUUUAAAAUGUUAAGCAAAUUUAAUUUCCUUUAAAUCAAAAGAAAUGCACUCUUAGUAAUACAAAAUUGUAAUAAAAAGACGAAAUAUCAAUUGUUAAUCGUUUCUCAUAAUUUGCUAUAUAUAAAUUAUAUUGUUCGUUUUACGGUUUGCUUAAAUUUUAAUUGCUACAUGCAAAGAAUCUAAGUUAAUAUUAAAAUGAAGUAAUUAAUUAAAAGCAUUGAUAAUAUAUAAAUAAAAUAAAUUAAUAUAUAAAUA